AUGGACAACGAUAAAGCCCAAGCCAGCGCACCGAGCGGGGACGGCAACACCAUAACUCGAUGCAUUAUCAACAACUGCACGAUCACCAAUUCCUGCGUGAACCGAUCCACCUUAAGUGACUGUGUACUAUCGAAGACAGAAGACGUGAGCCGGAGCACGGGUCAAAAAUCGCAGUUCCACGACGCGGCCUCGGUCGAGCGCAGCGAUAUCAUAAACAGCACUCUACAAAGUCAGAGCUCGGUGCACCGAUCCACAGUCGGACAGUCGGUCAUUCAAGACCAGAGCGCGGUGAAGCGGAGUGUAGUAACCGGCACGACGGUCUCGCGCAGUCAAAUCGAGAGAGCUACCUUGACAAACUGCGUUGUCGCUGAGUGCGUCAUCGAGCGGUCGGACUUUCAGGGACUGGUUCUUAAAUAUGGUAUUUGGAAGCGGAAUGAAUUGGUUGGGAAGACUGGGGAUCAUGAUCCUAUUGUUAUUAGAAAUCAUGGGUCAGACUCAGGGGCCGGGCAAUCUGCAUCUGUGCUUGGGUCUACUAUUCCGGGAUUGGAUCCCAAGAGUCACGAUCGAGAGGCUGUUCCUCCUGGCUACCAUAAUGACCCACAUACCAGUGGGAAUAGUCCGGAUGAUGGCCUUGAUCUACCCCCACCUUACAGGCCUUAA